GGGACCCCUUUCGUCUCGACGACGCCACCUUUAGAAAUAUAAUUCAAAUAUCCUGGAAUGGAUCUUUAAUAUUAUUUUGCCUGAGGGACUUUUAGUCAGUAAAUUCGUGACCCGGAAGUAGUUUUUUAGUGUUGCUAACAAGACGCUAGUCAGAAAUAAAUUCAGAAACAGUAAAUAUGAAAGUGAGAUAGACGGUUUCACAAACAAGCAGCAGAGAUGACUGAGAAUUUCGACCGAGCUCCAGGCGCAGGUAGAGCCCGUAUGAAGCCAACAAGCCCCGGCCUCGCAGAUGUUGGAGACGGGGACGCUAAAUUUGUCUUCAACCAGCGUGAGCCUCUACGACAGCCUCGGACGUCCCCUCCUUUGACGGAGAACAUCACAAACUCUAUUGAGGUCAUCGGCGCUGACAGCAGAACACCUAGUAAACCCCACCAGCAGGGCAUUGACAAACGAACUCCUGCCUCCCAAGAGAAAAAUCUGGACUCUCUAGUGAAAACUUCAAUUCUGUCAGUCAAUGCCGCCGAGUUCUACCCUUCCAGCUUCCACACCUACCAGGAGCCUGUUUCAGAGGAUAUCAGCUGUGGUUAUGGUCAUGAGCCAUCAUUGGCAGAAUUGGUUGAGGAGUUUCUCAGCCACCUGAACGCGUCGCCGGGGUCGUUUGAGACAGAGAUUGAGUACAUAGCCAACAUGCUGAACAGCUGGGUCACUACGGAGGAGACACUGCAGGAACUGGUGGAACUCAUCUACACACAAUCUACUGCCAUCCCCAAUUUCUCUUACACAGGGGCACGGCUUUGUAACUUUCUGUCUCAUAAUCUUACAUUCAACUCGCCGAGUGGCAACUUCCGUCAGCUAUUACUAAAACGGUGCCAGACAGAGUAUGAGCAGAGGGACGUAGCCGUGACAGGGGACCAGGCGACUCAGAAGAGGUUCCAUGCCUAUGUCCUGUUCCUGGGGGAGCUCUACCUAAGACUGGAGUUGAAAAGUGCCAAGGGACCUCCUUCCCGAGCUGAGAUCUUGCUAACUGCCCUAGGGGAGCUGAUGAAUUCCCUUUUCUCCCACCCAGAGGACGGAAACCUCAUCUGUGCGGUCAAACUGCUCAAGUUGACCGGCUCGGUUCUGGAGGAUGCAUGGAAGGAGCGCAGGAAGUCUGACAUGGACCAGCUAGUCAAGAGGAUUAAGAACAUUGUAGUGGAUGCCAAGUGCAGCAGAGACGUGAAGCAGAUGUUACUGCAGCUGCUGGAGCUGAGGUCUAGUAACUGGGGCAGAGUCCACGCUGCCGCCGCCGCCGAAGCAACACCCGACAACGACCCCAACUACUUCAUGAAUGAGCCAACGUUCUACACUGCUGACGGGACUCCGUUCACUGCAGCCGACCCUGACUAUUCUGAAAAAUACCAGGAGAUUCUGGAUCGGGAAGACGAUUAUUUCCCAGAGGACUGUGAAGAGAAUGGAAAUGAAUCAUCGUUCUAUGAUGAAGAUGAGAUGGACCCUGAGAUCGAGGAAGCUUUUGAGAAGUUCUGCCUUGAGUCUGAGAGAAAAAGACGUCAAUGAAAACAGUUAAGAGACUGAACUGGCGCAUAUCUUUCACCAUCCACUUGCUGCAAUGUUUGCAAGUGGAAAGAAUCAAAGAACUCAAGAUUGAUCUUUUUUUAUGUUUAGCAACAAAACAACUGCAUAGUUUGCACUUCAGUUACAGGUUUUCUCUGGCCCGGAUUGGUGUUGGGUGGAAGAAGAGACCAUGAACUGAAUCAUUCAUCUGCUGAGUUCUAACAUCUUUUCUGAGUUUGGCUUUUUUGGGAUGGCAGAGUUCCUUUUCUGCUUUUUAAAUAAAUAUUUCAGAAAAACAUAUUUCCCUCACUCGUUGUCUUAGCACUUUUGGGGGAGACUGUGUGCUGUGGAUUUUAAAAACUUAGUGUCUGAGCAGCAGAGUAUCAUCGCGUGUGCGCAGCUUGAUUGCAUACUAACUGGGUAUAAUUGACGAUAAAAUAUGAAGGGUUCAAAUACAGGGAAUACCGCAGGUGCCCAUUCAAUGGGGGGAACUGCAUGGAGAUUUUGCUACAGGAAACAACAGAGACCCUUAAUACCAUAUUCAAUAUAUCUAUUCUACAGUCUAAAUGAUUGGCACCCUUGGUAAAGAUGAGCAGUAGUUACAAAUGCAGAGCUAUGUCUGAUUUCAUUUUUAUGUGUAUAAAUUGCUGAGAAAUGUUAACGACAGGGUUACAAGGGGCUUGUGAGGUUGGUGGCCAAAGCAGAAUGUGUUUCAUAGUCAAUGGUAAAGAAAAUAUAUAUAUUGUGGACUUAUGCAUGUGCUUUGGUACAUUGUCUUGCUGAAAGACCCACUUGCGGCCAACUGUCAGCUUCCUGGCAAAGGCAAAUAAUUAGUUAAUAGGUCAAGUUCAGGACCAGUGGAAGCAGAAUAGCUCUCAGUGCACAAUAUUUGUAUUGUUUUGCUCGUCAUUAUUAACGGUGUCUGAUUUUUGGAGAUGACUGUAUAUGGUACAUUGUUUUUCUGUGUUUUUGAUGUUGCAGUCUACUGAACUCAAAGGCCAUUUGUUAAUUAUACAUCUUUGAGUAGCUCAGUUGACCGGUUUGUGAAACUAACAAAAGAGCUUCAAAUACUGAAAACAGGUAGCAUUUGUUUUAGGUGUGUUUUUGUUCUUCCUUUUACAGGUUUAGAUUUUGCCUUUUUAGACGUGUAAGUUAUUUGACAGAAUUGUUAAGUACAGUAAUAGCUCUGUUGCUGAGAACUGUAAUGUUUUGAAUCCAAAUUGUCAAUUGAAUGCACUUUUGCAGUCAUUAAGUUUGGAACUGUCAUUAAGAAACAACUGCAACAGAAAUCUUUGAGGAAACAUUGAAAUGCAAAUGAAUAGUCCCAUACAGAGGGAUGUUUGUUUAAUAGAUUGUAAAUAUUAUUUACAGUUACUUGCCUGCAAUAAAAUCUUUACUAUAAAAAUAAUA